AUGGACAUCGAAAAACGCAGCGGCGGCGGCGGCGAUGCCGCCUACAUGUGGCUCGAGAGUUUGAACGACGACCUCGCCCGCAGGAGCUUGCUCAUCCUCGGCUUGAUGGCCGCCUUCAUCUACCUCUGGAAGACCGGCUUCCGUAUCAGCGCCCAUCUUCGACGACUCUCCAGCUUCAACAAUGACCGACAACGCUACUUCAUCUCCGCCGACAGCACCUUCGCCAGAAUCAAGAGCCAUAUAAUUUAUGCCCCCAUGCUGCGCAGCCGUCACAACCAGGAGUUCCAGCUCUCCACCGUCGUCAACUUCGGCACCCUGCCCAGUCGCUUCCACACCUUGAUCCUGGUCUGCAUCGUCGUCAUGAACGUCGUCCUCUGCGUCGUCACCGUUCCCUACCAUAAAGACGAGCACACCGUCUCCGGCGCCAUCCGAAACCGCACCGGCACCAUGGCCACCGUCAACCUCAUCCCGCUCGUGCUCACGGCCGGCCGGAACAACCCCCUGAUCAAGUUGCUCCAGGUGCCCUUUGACACCUUCAACCUCAUCCACCGCUGGCUCGCGCGGAUCGUGGUCCUGGAAACCAUCGCCCAUAUCUUCGCCUGGGCCAUCCCCAAAUCGCAAAAGCUCGGUUGGCAGAUGGUCGGUAUGAUCUUUGGGAAGAGCUCGUUCCUCCUCAGUGGCUUGAUUGCCGGCUGUGCCUUCGUCGCGCUCAUGGUGCACUCUCCCUCCCCCAUCCGCCAUGCCUUCUACGAAACCUUCCUCCACCUCCACAUCGCCAUGGUGGCCGUCUCGUUCGGCUUCCUGUGGGUCCACCUUGACGGACUGGUGGCGCAGUCGUACCUGCUCGCCGCCGUCAUCCUCUGGGCCCUCGAGCGCGCCACCCGUCUCUUCAUGAUCCUGUAUCGCAACUGCGGCCGAUCGUCCACAACGGCCCUCGUCGAGGCCCUCCCGGGUGACGCCCUGCGCAUCACCCUGAACAUGGCGCGGCCCUGGUCGUUCCAGCCCGGUCAGCAUCUCUACCUGUACAUCCCCGCCGUUGGCUGGUGGUCCUCCCACCCCUUCUCCGUCGGGUGGAGCCAGCAGGAGGAGAUCGCCACGGACGAGAAGGGCAUCCCUAUGACCCGGCAGGAGGUCUUCGGCUCCGAGAAGACGACCCUUUCCCUCCUGAUCCGUCGCCGCACGGGCUUCACCGACAAGCUGUUCCAGCGCGCCGCCAACGCCGCCGAAUCCCGCGUCACCCUGCGCGCUUUCGCCGAGGGACCCUACGGCAGCAUCCACUCCAUGGACUCAUACGGCACAGUGAUGCUCUUCGCUGGCGGCGUGGGCAUCACCCACCACGUCCCGUUCGUCCGCCAUCUGGUGCAGGGGUACGCCGACGGGACGGUCGCCGCGCGCCGCGUGACCCUCGUCUGGAUCAUCCAGUCGCCCGAGCACCUUGAAUGGAUCCGCCCCUGGAUGACGCAAAUCCUCGCCAUGGACGGCCGACGGGACGUGCUGCGGAUCAUGCUCUUCAUCACCCGGCCCCGUAACCCGCGCGAGAUCCAGAGCCCGAGCACCACCGUCCAGAUGUUCCCGGGGCGACCCAACGUUGACACCCUGGUCGGCAUGGAAGUCGAGAACCAGGUGGGCGCCAUGGGCGUGCUGGUGUGCGGCAACGGCAGUCUAAGCGACGACGUCCGACGCGUGUGCCGCAAGCGACAAGGUCGGUCGACGGUCGACUUUAUCGAGGAGAGUUUCACAUGGUAG